UUCACUUUGCCACUUAUUCUUCUUGCGUAACGUCCUUUCGUGCAGUAUGGGAAAUGAUAUCUUACGCCUAAAUUUGUUCUAAUGCAGUAAAUUAAUAUAUUUAAUGGAUACUGACAGACGGUUUUCGAGACGUUUUACAAAAUUCAGUAACAAUCCAGCGCGGUGUAUUUCGGUGUGGAACAGGAUGUACAUUGAGAAUAGUUUUCUGCGUCGGUCUAUGAUUAGUUAUGGAUUUUGGUAAUCGACAUGGGAUCGUUUUAACUAUCAGAAUAGUUCUUUUUUGCCAGGUUAAUUUUGUUGCCUUCUACGCUUCCGGUGUGACUCCGCAUUCCGCAUGCGAAAGAAAUGGUCGCAAUGAGCGAUCGGAGAAGAACUCUUUCUUAUGGACUGUGGAUAAAAUUGCACCGGAAGUUGAUGGAUCUCUCGAUCAGGCGAGACGUCCGGCGCGGCCAGCUGUGGCCCGAUCAUACUUUUUUGGCACCAUACAUGUGCCGUACAGCAAGGUCUGGGAUCAUGUGUCAAGAGCCAGCAAGCAGGCUUUUCACGAGGCUGACCAUGUGAUAUUUGAACUGGAUCUAACUAAUCCCGGCACCGUAAAGGCGUUGAGUAGUUGUCAAAUGUUGCCAAACGGUGCGGAGCUGUCAAGCCUUUUACCUGGUGAUCUCUAUAGUCGCCUGAAAAAACAUUUGGAUUACAUAGAGAAUAUGAUGCCAAUAUGGAUGACAGAUAAUCGGCAGGGUCGCGGUCUCUAUGCGGAAUAUCUAUUCAACGCGAUAACGAAUAACUGGCAGAGAAAGCGUCCUGUCUGGAUAAUGUUGAUGAUCAAUUCGUUGACGGAGAGCGAUAUUAAAUCGCGUGGUAUUCCGGUGCUGGAUUUGUAUUUGGCACAAGAAGCGGCACGAUUACAAAAGUUUACCGGUGCAGUGGAACACGUGGAAGAACAAUGUCUGCCGUUAAACAGCAUGAAUCUGUCGCAGGUUGUAUUUGCCCUGAAUAGUUCACUUCAUCAGCAUGAAAGUAUACGAGCCGGGAAUGCCACGCAAUUGCAAGCUGUACCGAUAACAUCGACAGACGAUCUCAUACAUCAUUAUAAUUGUGGUGAUUUGGAUGCUGUGAUUUUUAAAAGGGAUUCUUCUCAGAUAUCGCCGAUAACCUGGGAAGCAAAGGAUUUACAAGGAGCACAGAUAGAUGAAUAUUUUCAGAGAGAAUUAAUUCAGAAGCGGAACAGAAGGAUGGCCAAGCGAGUGAUAGAAUUACUGGAAACAUAUCCGAAAAGAAAGUUUUUCUUCGCAUUUGGUGCAGGGCACUUCUUGGGCAACUACUCGAUUAUUCACUACAUGAAGGAAAUGGGCUACAAUGUGACCCAUCUAGCAGUAAAUCAUCAAAUUAAAAGUCGCAGGAAGAAUCGCCAGCGCAAUUCCGUCCAUCAAAGAUCGUCUGAGAGGGACAUUUACAUCUCCCAACUGGCAUACUGGCACACCAAUGAGAAGUCCCUACAGGAAACGGAGGAGCACAUUCUCCAUAAUCUACGCUCGGAUUACGUAGAGGAUCGGGGAGAGUACAAGCGACCCAGAGGCCACCGGAAACCGGCCCCACGGUUUAAUGCCGAUAAUAUUCAGCUGGCCAAGCGCCGAACCACCACCAUACUACCGCCUAACAGACAUUUCAAUCAGCUGUGGAUCACCGAUGAGGAAUCUUCAAAUCCACAGAAGCCCAAUGCUACCGUGCAAUCCGGUCAUGCCGUCCGAGAACCCAGUAUUCACUCCAGAUUUUGGGAUAUUCCCAACUCAGCUCGUGGAAUUAAACCAAAGAAUUCCUCUUAUGCAUUGCAAUUUCAUUUUUUAUUAACAAAUGUAUAUUUAUUUAUGACGCUGAAAUACAGUGCUCGUUAAAAAUACAGUGCUCGUUAAGAUUUAAUUAGGUUUUACAAAAAGAUUUUUGCUUCGAAAUUUCCAGAGGAGAUUGCUAUGAUUGUGUCAAGUGUGCACUGUAAUUCAUGCAGAAUGUAUUUCUAUCUAUUGCACAAAAUAAGCUUGCGCAGUUAAUAUAGAACUGCGAAAUGCU